GGUUAUAUUAGUUUUGAUGAAAGAAGAAUCAAAUCUGGGGGUCGAUGUCCAUUUUAGUACUAGAUGAGUAAAGAAGACAGCCACAAUGUCUCAAUUUUGUAGUAGGCGCUAGUUUCACUUGUUUUUUGAAAAGCAAUGGUUAUGCCAACUUCUUAGAUCAAGAAAUAUCAAUAACCUGCACAAGAAAUUCGUGUCCACUUCAGGAUGGAUCAUGCCAUGCUCAAUCUGUCUCGUCUCUGAGUUCUCAUCUCAUAAGUAGGAGAACAUAAGUGUAAUGACAGGCAAUGAACAUUUGCCCAUUCGCAUGUCAAAGACAAUUCAUUUUCUUUAGUUCAGAUAUCAUAUGGUAAAGACAGGCAAUGCAGUGCGACUACUAUUUCAGUGGAUUUUGUCCCAAUAUCUUAGGCAUAUUUGAAGGCUACAGCCUCAUUUGGAAGAACUUCAAUGAGUUUUCUUUUCUAAAAGUUAAAUUAUUGUCUUAAUUCAACUGCACAUAGUCAUUUGGUAAGAUCUAUAUAACACUGGCUAGUGGCAAAGCUAUCGCUGCAGUGGAUUCAUCCACUAUUCCGAGGAAAGGUCAUUGCUAUCAUUCAUUUUCUUUCCUGAACCAACUUGAUUUUGUGAGCAGCAAGAUGGUCGCAUCUCCUUACUUCUUUUCUUGGUGUUGGGUGUUCUAUCAGUUUAUUAGGGGGAAGGAUUGGUUAUUGCCAAGUCAAGCAGAAGGAGCUAGACUAAACUGCGCACUGCAGAGAAGUCAAAUCAGUAACUUUGAUGACGGCGGUCAUUUCCUCUUCUUGGAAGAUGGUUUUGAUUUGGUAACCAUAAUUAAGGGCGUUGGUUUCUACCGUCGUGGAAAAGGUCUUGACUAUGUUUCAGAUUGCCUGCCACCAAGCCCUGCUGAAAUAAGAAACUAUAUGAAUCGUUCAGGGACCAAUUUGUUCAAACUUCUUUCGUCAAAGUGCCAUGUCUUACUCUAUCCAGGAGGCGUGCCUGAAGCACUUCAUCGUAAGGGUGAAGAGUACAAGCUAUGUUGGCCAGAGCAGCCUGAGCUUGUCAGGAUGGUAGUUCGCUUUGGAGCCAAAAUGGUGCCUUUUGUUGCCGUUGGAGAAGAUGACUUUGGUGAAGUCUUUCUCGAUUACGAUGAGAUCCCACUUUUGAGUGACUUGAUACAACAACUGACGGAAGAUAAUGCAGAAGUGAGGUCUAACGCAACCAGAGAGGUGCCCAAUCAAGAUCAGUGCCGUCCUUUGAUUCGGCCAAAAAUUCCGGGCCGGUUCUAUUAUUGUUUCGGAAAACCAAUUGAAACAGCAGGGUGGAAGCGGGAACUCAAAAACCAGGAAAAAUGUCACGAACUGUAUUUACAAGCCAAGUCAGAGGUGGAGAGCUGCCUGGCGUACCUGAGAGAGAAACGAGAGAGCGAUCCUUAUAGGAGCAUCUUCGCCCGAUUGAUGUACCAGGCCACGCAUGGUUCUGCAUUUGAAACUCCAACCUUUGAACUGUGACGGAAUCUCGUCCAAGAUGGACGACAUUGCUUUUCAAGCUCUUACAGAUUCGUUCUUCA